AUGGCAGCCAUUGUCCUUGCCCUCGGCGCCGCCAUCUACAUCACUGCCGAAAAGAUCCAAGACCACCGAGAAAAGAAGCGCGCCUUGAAGGCCAAGAAUGCCACGAAACAAGCCCUCCUUGAAGAUGACGACAGUGUCAUGGUCACUGAGGACCUCCCUGCGUACAAGACGGAGAAACUUCCAGCAUAUGAUUUUGAGCAGUACCACCAGCAGCAGCCUCCGGCGUUUGCGUCCAGCGAAGGUUCAAGCCAGCGGUAUUACACCCAGGUGCGGUCCACCUGA